CCCCGGCAAGUCGGGAAUCUGCUUUUCCAGCUGAGAUCUCCCACAAGAUCCAUUUUUUCCCUUCUCCCCUUCCAGUCGCCCAAGUCGGCCUUCAUCAGUGCCGCGAAGAAGGCCAGGCUGAGGUCCAACCCCGCCAAGGUGCGCUUCUCGGAGCCAGAGCCGGAGAUGCUGAAGAAGGAAGCCUUGCUCCUCAUCCCCAAUGUCCUGAAGGUUUUCCUCGAAAACGGGCAGGUCAAGUCCUUCACCUUUGAUAGCCGCACCACCGUCAAGGACGUGAUGUCAACCCUCCAGGAUCGCCUUUCCCUGCGGCGGAUCAAGCAUUUUUCCCUCGUCUUGGAAUACCGCAGCCCCGAGCGGAGCCACCAGUUUCUCCUCCUCCAGGAGAAGCAGCCUUUGGCCCAUGUCGUUCAACGGACCCACUACCAAGGCAUGAGGUGCCUUUUCCGGGUCAGCUUCUACCCCAAAGACCCUGCCGAGCUGUUGCGGCAAGACACCGCUGCCUUUGAAUACCUCUACAUCCAGAGCCGCAACGACGUCAUCCGGGAGCGGUUUGGCGCCGAUCCCGAUCCACAGUCACUCCUGGUCCUGACGGCGCUCCACAUCUACAUCACCGUCUCGGCCACCUGUCCCGGCCACAAGGUGGCGCUCAGAAACGUCGAGAAGGAGUGGGGUCUGGAGCCCUUCUUGCCUCCCUCUCUGUUGCUGGCCACCAAGGACAAGCACCUGCGCCGGUCGCUCUCGCAGCAGUUGAAGGCUCACCAGCGGCGCAGCUCCCAGGUCUCCCCCACCCGGGCCAAGCUCCAGUACCUGCGUCUCCUCGACCGGCUGCCCACCUUCUCUGGUGUCAUCUUCCAGACCGUCGGGAUGGAUGGCCAAGACGCGGCCCCCACCCUCCUGGUCGGCCCCCGCCACGGCGUGAGCCACGUCAUCGACCUCCGCACCAACCUGACCACCGUCUUAUGCGAAUUCAGCCAGAUCAGCAGGGUCCAACUCUUCCGGGAGAACCCAGGCGUGGCAAGGGUGGAGACCGCCAUUGUGGACGCCAAGCCGCUGGUGCUUCUGAUGGAGUGGCCAGAAGCUACCAAUUUCGCUGGCCUCAUUUCCGGCUACUGCCACCUGCUGGCCGACUCCAGGAGGACACUUUUCCCCGUCGCACUGCCUCCCACGACCAAGGCAGGCCGAGAGAAGGAGGCUGGGAACCGUAGCGCCGCCGGCAACCGCCACGCUACGCCGCUGGAGCUGCCACGCCGCUGCCGUCGCCCCGACCUCAACCAGAACCGGAUCUUCGGCGACGGGGAAACCCGGCCCAGGACCAAGUCGGACCCGGUGCUGAAACUCCCGGGUGCCGAGGGUGAGGGCUGCUGCGGCGCCAGGCGUGCCCGAGCCCGCUCGGUGGACGGCCCUGGACGGAGCCUUGGUCGCGCCGGCCUGGACUUGAUGGCGCUGCCACCGCCGGGCAGCGAGGGCGACGAGGACGACCCCGGCACAGCCCUGGCUAUCGCAGCGCCGCCGCCCGGCUUUGGGGACAACAGCUCCGACGAGGACGACCCCCGGCACCGGCGGAGGGCGCCAAGCGAGGAAACUGGGGGCCAGAUGCCAGUGACCUUUGUUGAGGCGGCGGCGCCAGGGUCCCAGGCGGUCCAGGAACGAGCCCGGGAUCUCGAUGAGGCGCUGGUCUCCACCCUGCAGGCCCUGGAAGCCCUAGCGGAGGCGGAGGAUGGGCCAACGGCCCCGGCCACAGGUCUCAUCGUGCUGGCUGCCCUCGACCCUGACUCUGGUCGCGACGCCGACGCUUCCCCGAACGCCACUUACUUUCUGGCGCAGCGGGUCGGCCCAGACGGCUUCCUGGCCCGGAAGGAGCUAUGUUUCCAUCUGCGAGGCUGCGGGGCGCCCGCUUCGCAGGUGAAGACCAGGAGGUCGUCGCCGGCCGAACCAAACCCCAGCGUGCACCCUUGCCCCUUGAACCCCGAACUCAAGCGUCCCCCGGAGACGGAGAGCUGUCAGGCGCCGGCGGAGAGGAUCCGGAGAGAGACGGCGGUUCCCCCGGCCCGGGAAGCGGCGGAUCUCGAACCCGAGGCGGCACCGCACCGAGAGGAUCUGGAGAUCCCGGCGCAGCCCCGGGCGCCCCGGCCAGUGUUCUGUUUUCGGAAGCUCUUCUCGGCCACCUUCCCGGCACGGCUCAAACGGGAGACGGACGAGCGCCGGGCGCAGCUUCGGAAAGUGAAGCAAUUCGAACUGGAGUUUCUGGAGCAGCUCCUGAAGGGUCCGGGCCCGGGGGUCUGCGGUUGCCCGGCCCCGGGCGCCAGCCCCGUCCUGACAGUGCCCGCCGUGUCGUGGUGCGACUACCGAGGGAGGGAGAGUUGCCCGGAGCGGGCGGCGCACGGAUUCCCAAGUCCUCGGGUGCGCUCGGCCAGCCCUGAGCCGAGAGGUGCGGAAAAGAACGCCUCCUGCCUGGGGACCGAGUGCGUGGCGGCGGAAGGGCCCCGAUAUGAGAAGCUGCAGCGCUGCGCCAGCGGGGAAGGGGCCGUCCCGGAAGAGGGCGACCCGGCGCCGUGUUUCCCGGAGGACGUGUGCCCGCGGCAACUGGCGCCGGGCGGAGAGGGCUGCUGCUCCGUCCGCUCCUGCUUCUCGGCGCGGGGAGGUGACGACGAGGCCGACGAGCUGUGCUACUCGGCGCCGCCGAUCCCGGACCGCGCAGCCCGGACGCAGGAGAUUGACCUGCGGGGGACAUCGGGCCUCGAACGCAUCCGGGAGCUUCGCGGGCGGGAGUACGCCUUCCCUGGGGGGUUCUCGGCGGUGAGGCUCGACGCCGAGCGACUCCUGGGUGCCCUGCGGCAAUGUGCAGCCGCCGUGGGGAACGGGGCGCCGGCGCCGGACCACGGCCCGCUGGAGCUGGCCCUGGCCUUCCGGGAGCUGCGGGCCGCCUGUCGGCGGGUGGCAAUCACGGAGAAAAGCCCGGCACAGUUGCUGCCGGCCGUCGCCGGGAGUUUCCGGGUGCUGGCGCGGUUGGCGGAGACGGCGGCGGCAGCAGGCAAGGAGGCGCAGCGGCGGGCACUGCUGGCCCAGGUGGAGGAGGUGGCGAGGAACUACGCCGCCCUGGCGAAGGCGGCGGAGGAGUCCGCCGCCAGGCAGGCGGGCGAGGAGCCGGCGCGCCUCUUGACGGUGCUGGAAGCAAAGUGAGGAAGUUGGGGGAAAUGCGACGAGCUGGCUGUUCUUUGGUGAAGGCAGAGGGCAGGGAU